AUGUCAUACCUCUUGCGGUACCAACCAGAAAAACUACGCGUCCUAGCAAUUGAAACAGAAAAACCACCAAGCAACCAUCCACCAAGACCCAAGAUACAGCCAACAACCAGACAGCCAAACCACCCAAACAUACAGCCUGACAAUCCAAUCCCAAAUCCCCCACCCAAAGUAAAGCCCGCCAGAGCCGCCAAACGCAAAAUACCGAGAGGUAGACCGAUGUCAGAAGACAAAGAUGACAAUGUCAAUAAUUCAAGGGGUAGAGGCUUUGUGGAGAACGGGAUCGAGUUCACGGAUGGAGAAGUCCCAAGUCAUCAUAUGGCUCAACUGACGGUGUUCUGGGACAACAGAAUCAGAAAAGUAAAAGGCUACGUACCAGUAUCUAUGUUCAACCAAGCCUGGCUAGAAGCAAAUAGAGAGGUUGAAGGAAAGAAGUCUAAGAAAAAGAAGAAAGACGAUGACUCAGACUCGGAAGACAAAACCUACGAAGGAUUGUCCUACCCCUCUGAACUACGCCUAAGUUAUGGUGACUGGGUAACUUGUUUCAAUCUGAUGCUUGACUACUUGAGGAGGUGGUUCAAUUUCCAUUGGCUAGCAGACAAAUUCAAAGGUCAUAAGAAAAAUGUCGAAGAGAUCAAGAGCAAAGAUGACAACAACUGGAUGAUCGCACUUCGAUAUGAUAUCCUUGUAAGACGCCAAAUCUGGACGAUCAGAGUAGAAGGGGGGAAAGUAGGGGACCCGGAUUUGGAUAUAGAGAUCCAACGCUGCAGUCCCACCCCAGGUAGAGCUGGAAGCUCCGAACGCACAUACUCAAAAGAGGAGUAG